CGGAGCAGGGCGCCGAGCGGACCCCGGGGGGGCGCGGCGUGGCACCCAAGCCCCGUGACAGCCGGAGAGGCCUGAGGGGUGCCAGGAACUGGGGGCGUGGGAGGGGCCCCGCUUCAGCCUGCGGGUGGCCUUGGAGGUGCAGCCAACAUGGGUGAGCCCCAGGGGUCGACGCGGAUCUUAGUGACUGGGGGCUCCGGGCUGGUGGGCAGAGCCAUCCAGAAGGUGGUAGCAGAUGGGGCCAGGCUACCUGGAGAGGACUGGGUGUUUGUCUCCUCCAAGGAUGCCGAUCUCACGGAUGCUGCUCAGACCCGAGCGCUGUUUGAAAAAGUCCGGCCCACACACGUCAUCCAUCUUGCUGCAAUGGUGGGGGGCCUGUUCCGGAAUAUCAAGUACAAUUUGGACUUCUGGAGAAGAAACAUACACAUCAAUGACAACGUGCUGCACUCGGCCUUCGAGGUGGGGGCGCGAAAGGUAGUCUCCUGCCUGUCUACCUGCAUCUUCCCGGACAAGACUACCUACCCUAUCGAUGAGACCAUGAUUCACAACGGACCGCCGCACGCCAGCAACUUCGGCUACUCCUAUGCCAAGAGGAUGAUCGACGUGCAGAACAGGGCCUACUUCCAGCAGCACGGCCGCACCUUCACCGCUGUCAUCCCCACCAAUGUCUUCGGGCCCCACGACAACUUCAACAUCGAGGACGGCCACGUGCUGCCCGGCCUCAUCCACAAGGUGCACCUGGCCAAGCGCAGCGGCUCAGUCUUGACCGUGUGGGGCACGGGGAGGCCUCGGAGGCAGUUCAUCUACUCACUGGACCUGGCUCGGCUCUUUAUCUGGGUCCUGCGGGAGUACAGGGAGGUGGAGCCCAUCAUCCUGUCAGUGGGCGAGGAGGAUGAGGUGUCCAUCCAGGAGGCGGCCGAGGCCGUGGUGGAGGCCAUGGACUUCCAUGGGGAGAUCGCCUUUGAUGCAGCCAAGUCAGAUGGGCAAUUUAAGAAGACGGCCAGUAAUGGCAAGCUGCGGGCCUACCUGCCCGACUUCCGGUUCACGCCCUUCAAGCAGGCUGUGAAGGAGACCUGUGCCUGGUUCACCGAAAACUACGAACAGGCCCGGAAGUGAAGUGCGUGGCAGGGGCGGUAGCUGCCGCUCCCCGGGCACUCGGCCGGCAGAGCCCAGUGGCGGCCACUCAGAUCCUGCCGGGCCUGAGGGCACUGCCCUGCUCCACCCCCUCUGCCAGGGCAAGGCUGGUCACUGUCCAGUGGGGCCAGAGUUCACGCCCGUCCUCAGGGAAGCCGAGGCUGGCCAGGCCCGGCACCUGCUCCGCAGGGCCGCCUGGGGCGCGUACAGUUCUGACCCCCGGGAGCCAAUAAAGCGCAUUUCCACAA